CUCCUCUCUGGUCACCAAAAGAAAAGUAUAUUAUUUGAUUUUGUUUUGGACCCUUUUCUUCCCUCCCUUCUACUCUUGACCCAUUCAUUCCUUCUGAAUGUGUGUUUUUUCAUGGAAUCCCUACAAUUCACGCCACAGUCCCACCAAAACCAAUUCCAUUUCAUGAACAAACUCUCUCCCAAACUCAAGCCCACAAUUUCCUUCUCCUCCUCCAUUCACUUCAGGGCCUUCUGCGGUUCUUCUCCUUCUCCCACUCUCACCCAAACCCAUGAUCUUAGUGACCCUCAAAUCAUAGUUCCUGGCAAAAAGCGUAGGGUCAAGGCUUGUGAUACCCAAUUCAAAGAGAAUUGGUUGGCUUCACUCACUUACCCUUUUCCAGAAAAGGUCCAUCUUUUGAAUGGAGAGCAUGACCCCACCCACCAAAAUGACGGCUCCAAAUGGGUCCUCGGAAUUGACCCAGAUGUCUCUGGCGCUGUUGCGCUGUUGAAAACACACGGUUCUGUUUGUUCAGCUCAGGUAUUUGACUCUCCUCACGUGAAAAUACUUGUUGGCAAGAACAAGAGGACCCGAAGACGCUUAGACACAAAGUCUGUUGUUGAGUUGGUUCAUAGUUUUGAUGCUCCAAUCGGAACCACUGCGUACAUAGAGCAGUCGCUCCCUUAUCCACAAGAUGGGAAGCAGGGCUGGUGGAGUGGAGGAUUUGGAUAUGGGCUGUGGAUUGGCAUCUUAGUUGCCUCAGGAUUUUCUGUUAUUCCAGUGCCAUCUUUUACUUGGAAAGCAAAAUUUGAACUCUCUGGAAAUAUGACUACAAAGGAUGAUAGCAGGAGACUUGCAUCGACAUUAUUUCCGUCACUGACUUCCAUGUUAAGUAGGAAAAAAGAUCAUGGAAGGGCAGAGGCAUUACUUAUUGCAGCAUAUGGCCAAGACCAAAACAAAAGCUUGGAACCUUCUUGUGACAAUAUUUAAGAGCUUCGUUCUCUCUCUCUCUCUCUCUCUCUCUCUCCCCUCUCCUCUUUCCAUGUAAUUUGAUUACCAAUUGUAAUUGUCCUGGAUAGCAUUGUAAACUUUAUUUUAGUUAUUAUUCCAAAGCAAAUUUUCUUUAAUGAAGUUAAUUAUACUUUAGAAUUAGUCUAGCAAUUUAGUCAGCAAAUUUCAUACUUAGUAAGG